AUGAUUAUCUACAAGGACAUUCUUACCGGAGACGAGAUCAUCUCGGACUCCUACGACCUCAAGGACGUCGAUGGCAUUGUCUUCGAGGCCGACUGCGCCAUGAUCACCGAGGGCGCCGUCAACGUCGACACCGGCGCCAACGCCUCCGCCGAGGAGGCUGAGGAGGGUGCUGAGGACGCCGAGAUCAAGGUCAACAACAUUGUCCACUCUUUCCGCCUCCAGUCCACCCAGUUCGACAAGAAGAGCUUCCUCGGCUACCUCAAGGGCUACAUGAAGGCCGUCAAGACUGCCCUUCAGGAGAAGAACGCCCCCGCUGAGAAGAUCACCGCCUUCGAGAAGGGUGCCCAGAAGUACGUCAAGGAGACCCUCCUUCCCAACUUCAAGGACUACGAGUUCUACACCGGCGAGUCGAUGAACCCCGAUGGAAUGGUCGUCCUCCUCAACUACCGCGAGGAUGGUGUCACCCCCUACAUCAUCGUCUGGCAGCACGGCCUCGAGGGCAUGAAGGUUUAA